GUGCUUCCUGCCUUGCUGAGGGAGGGGACGGUGCUGACGGCUGGGAGGACGAACGGAGAGCCGAGAAAGCUUUCUGGAAGCCGCAAAGAAGUGGAAAACGGCCCGGGUUUCCACCGUCCGUCGGGAGAUAAGCACCGCAGUUUUCCGCAGCCGCUCGGAUUUGUCACCGAACAGGCGCCGAAAAAUGUCGACCAGUCGUCAGCUGAGCGAGAGCAGGGCCAUCCCGACCAGGACGGUGUUGAUCAACGACACAACGCAGCUACCUCAUGACUACUGUACCACUCCUGGAGGCACUUUAUUCUCCACCACCCCUGGAGGAACUCGGAUCAUUUACGACCGCAAGUUUCUGCUGGACAGGCGGAAUUCCCCCAUCGCUCAGACUCCUCCUGCACAUCUGCCUGUCAUCCCUGGAGUGACCAGCCAACAUAUCCUGACUGAGAACCAGAAGAACGAAGCCAACAACCACAUCAACAACCAUGAUGGCAAACCCACUACAGGUGACGACGCCCAGUUUGAAAUGGACAUCUAACCACCUGGAGUCACACCAGCAUAAGGAAAUGACCUGGCACUGUGUGUGUCAGUGGCUUGGCUUGUAGAAACCAAUGUUGUGAGCCCUCAUGGCAGCCAUCUUUGUUAGCUCUUUGUCUCACUGCUGGAUGUAAUGUUUGUAAACCCCCGGGCGAUUCGGUAUACCUUACAUGCACAUACAGAGCAGCAAAGUCCGAAAACUACGGUUAUCUGUGUAACAAUGGAUCGCAGUACAAAUUUCAACCAUUUUCAGUAAAUGGGACCCAAAUAUUUUGCAGCCAAAAAUUAAUCAGUUUUAGUGCUCAUUUUACAGCUUUCCGUGAGACCAAACUGGAAAUAUAAACUCAUUUGACCAAGAAGAAGUACUUUUAAAAAAGAAUUUGGAAUCAUUUUAAAAAGCUUUGAUAUUCCUCUGUCUUUGUUUUUAAAGACCUCUGGUUUUCUGUUUGUUUCUUUAUUAAAACUACUGCAGUUACUCCAGGAUCCAUAACCACUUGGGACGGCUUUGAUUCCAGUAACGGUACCUGAAGAAAUGCUGUAUUAUUCUUGCUUUUCUAUUAGGAAAGGACCUAACAUCAUUCCAAGAUUUUAGUCCCAAAACAGUUUGCUGCAAUAUUUUAUUUGUGAGUCUCCAGGAAAAAAUGCUUACAAACAAAUUUAGGGCAAAAUUAAACAGAUAUAAAUCAUCAGAUAAUUGAGUAUCAAAUGAAGCGUAGACAUAAUUAGCUUAAAAUAUUUCUUGAAUUUAAUUUCAGCAAAGUACAAUAAUAUCAAGUAAUUUAAGACUUUAUAUAAACCCAGCCUUUUUCUCAGAUAUGUUAUAAUGGCAAAUAAGACUAAGGAGGAGGAUUUUGUGGGAUGCCACAAAAUCCAUUUUAAAACUUGAAUCAAUUUAAAUGUUUUCUAAACAUUUAUUAUUAUAUUUGAGUACAAUUUUAGUAUUAAGGCUUUGCCGGGGCGUUAACUCUGUCCAAGCCCUUUAGAUUUUAUGUCAACGAAACGGAUAACAAUGUGCGCAUUGGGCUUGAUAGAUGCUCUCCAUAAACUGAUCUGACAUUAAUAUUCUUAUCUCCAUGCAUCCUGCCUGCCCAUGCCUUAUUCAACAUGAAAUGCAGUGACUAGUUUCCUUGCCAUCUAUUUGUAUUUUCUGACAGAUGUUUAUUUUUUCACAGUAGCGUUAAAACAGGUUAUAUUUUGCUUGGUCAGUGAACAAAAGGUAUUUUAUUUUCUUGAUGAUUUUCUUCCUCGGAUUGGUAUAAAGUUUGGAAGCGUGAUUGCGCAUGUGAGGCUGAUGUGUUACAUGACAACAUGGUAAAAGUGCCACUCACUCAUUUUAAUCCAAUGUUCAUUUGUUUUAUUCUAAAGUUCUUCUCUGCUACUUGGCAAACAAGUAAUUGUGUUUUUCAUUCAAUUUUCUUUCUCUGUUUGACAGGAGACACUGACUGAUGUUUGUCAAAUAUUAUUUUUCAUUUCUUUUAGCUUUGUAAUUAUAUUUGAAAAAGUCUGUUGAAAAUUUCAUCCACAGGUUGCUUAAAAUUAUGUUUGCAUCGCACCCUUUGGCCGACAAGGCUAUUAAGGUAUUGCAAUCCAUGUGGCAGAUUUAUUUCCAAUCCAUUUGAUUUGAUGAGGGUUAAACAGUUUGCUUUGAAAGAGAUUGGACACAAAUUUACUGUAACCUUCUGUUCAGAUUUAAAAUAACUUUUAUUUCAAAUGAAACUCCAAUGCCAGUGGACACUGUUGCUGCAAGAUCAAUAAAAUUCUGUAACAGA